UUUUUUUUACAUAUAUAAGAGACGAACAAAACAACUCUAAACUCGGAAACUAACCAGCGAAUGUUUCAAGUCCUAAAGGUUUGGGCAUGAGAGUGCUUAAAGUUCCUGAUCUUUUCGAUCUAUCAACGAUUAUGGUCUCCGACUUUUCACCCGGCGGAGCUUUCGGUUCAGAUACCACUGAACCGGACUUCGGUUUUGCUUUUAACGACAGUAACUUUUCCGAUCGGGUAUUGAGGAUUGAGAUCAUGCCGGAUUCGCCGGAGACGAAAUCCGACGGUGACUGUUGUUCUUCCAUCGCUGACUGGGCACGUAAUAGGAAGAGACGAAGGGAAGAUUUCAAGAAAGAAAUUGAUGUCGUGCAACGUCAGGAGCAAGUCUUGAAUUGUAACGUGCCGGACACUGUGGAUGGGUUAACAUAUGAAAAUCGAGAUGAUGAUGCUGUGGCAAUGAUUGAAGGCUCGCCUUCUGAUGUUGGAUUGAACUGCAAUCAAAUUGGGAAUGAUACGGCUUAUGACAAUUAUUCAUCUUUGAAUAAGGAUCAUUUGACAGUUCUAAGAGUUAAUAUCAUUCAUAUAAGUUCUCCAAUUUUAGCAGCUAAAAGUCCAUUCUUUUAUAAGUUGUUUUCAAAUGGAAUGACAGAGUCAGAGCAGCAAUAUGUAACCCUCCCGGUACAUGCUUCUGAAGAAGCAGCUCUCCUGGACCUCCUUAAUUUUAUGUAUAGCAACACCCUAUCAACUACCACUCCUACUGCCUUGCUAGAUGUGUUGAUGGUGGCUGACAAAUUCGAGGUUGCAUCAUGCAUGAGAUAUUGUAGUCGAUUGUUACGAAACCUUCCUAUGACCUGUGAGUCUGCCUUACUGUAUUUGGAUCUUCCUUCUACUGUUUUAAUGGCAGAUGCUGUUCAGCCACUGGCAGAUGCAGCAAAGCAAUUUCUUGCUGCAAAAUACAAGGAUGUAACCAAGUUCCAGGAUGAGGUUCUCAACUUGCCUCUUGCUGGUAUAGAGGCAGUUUUUUCCAGUGAUGAUCUCCAGGUAGCUUCAGAGGAUGCUGUUUAUGACUUUUUGCUGAAAUGGGCUCGGACUCAUUACCCAAAACUGGAGGAAAGGCGUAGAGUUUUCGCUACACGCCUUGGCCGACUAAUCCGUUUUCCGCAUAUGACUUGCAGAAAGCUUAAAAAAGUUUUAACCUGCAAUGACUUUGAUGCAGAAAUUGCACCCAAGGUUGUGCUCGAAGCCCUCUUUUUCAAGGCUGAGACACCACACAAACAGCGUGCUCUUGCAUCAGAGGAGGCGAAUGCCCCUUAUCGCCACUUUCUUGAACGGGCUUACAAGUACCGCCCUGUCAAGGUUGUAGAGUUUGAAAAGCCAAGACAACAGUGCGUUGUGUACCUGGACCUGAAGCGCGAGGAAUGCGCGCAUCUGUUUCCAGGUGGUAAAGUUUAUUCACAAGCAUUCCAUCUCGGUGGACAAGGGUUUUUCUUCUCCGCACAUUGCCAUAUGGACCAGCAAAGCUCAUUCCACUGCUUUGGGCUAUUUUUGGGAAUGCAAGAGAAGGGACCCGUCACUUUUGCCGUGGACUAUGAGUUUGCAGCGAGGUCAAAACCAACCGAGGAUUACAUAAGUAAGUAUAAAGGUAACUACACAUUCACAGGUGGAAAGGCCGUUGGCUAUCGUAACCUGUUUGGUAUACCAUGGACGACAUUCAUGGCCGAUGAUAGUAAUUACUUUAUAAAUGGUGUCCUCCAUCUCAGGGCUGAACUAACUGUUAGACAAUGAGAUUGAGCUAGGUUUAUAUAGUAUUAUAUACAGUCCAUUAGAUUACUAUAUCAGUUACUGAUACGCACCAUGUGUAAAUACAUUUGGAAUCAUAGAAUUUUGAAUAAUUCUAUUCAAUGCAUAUUGUCAUUAUGAUUUUCGAAAA